CUUUGUGUCAAUUUAGUGAAAAUUUGAUUUAAGAUAACCCUGAAUAUCACCGAGGGAAAGUUAAGGAGACUGUUCUUUAGGGUUAACUUGCAUUUUACGAUUUCGAUUGUACCAAAAAUAGAAAAAUUUUACGUGAGCGCACAAAACUGACCAGUUAAUAGAACUCCAUUAAGUUUUACGGAAUUAAUUUCUAGGUGAAUACGCCGCCAGAGAUUAAUGACAGAGGAUUUACGGUGGGUUGGAACCGUGGUUUUGGAACCUCCAAUUUAAUGGGACGCUCCGAAUUUAACAAUUAUGGCUCUCGUUCAUCUUUGCCCUAUACACAGACAGAAAUGAAUCAAACGUCUGGUAGCGAAUUUAUUGGCAAUUCUAGCAUUCGUAUGCCUAUUUUUAAAUGCCCAGAAUGUAGUAUUGUCAAAAAUACGAGUGAAGACUUUGAGAUUCAUGUGAAGGUUGAACAUUUGAAUUGGUUACCAUUCAUUUGUCCGAUGUGCAAAGCGGCUCGUGCUUCGGAUAUUCAAAUGCGUGAACACAUGCAUUCAUCUCACAAGAAGAACGAUAACAUGUACUGGUAUCAAGACAAUGCACAAGCCAAAAAAAUUCUUCAAGAGAUGAUGGACAAAGCUCUUUUCGCUGCUUCUAUUCAGCAUAAGCAAAACAACAUUCCUAAACAAGGAAGAAUUAUUGGUGACUCAAAUGGAAAUUUACAAAGUGUCGCUCAUACUGACAAUGAGUCAGCUAAAAGGAUCCGACUAGAUGAUGUCGUCACCUCUAGUAUUAGAAGAAAUAUUGAAGAAAGUCUACAAUCCAAAAAUCAAAAUGUUAACGAAAAUACUUCGACAAGUGGUAUCAAAUUAGCUGGACAAGAACGUAAACCUAGUAUAGACGAAGAGACGGACUCUCAGUUGAGCACGAUUUUUGGACGAAAUGUCAAGUCCGAAUUCGACAUGACAGUAAUGGAAGAGGAUUCGCCUUCACAACAAUCUUUACAAACGAUUAAUGAAGACGAUGAAUUACAUGAUAAUACUCAUCAAAUGAAUGCUCUUCAGAAUAUGGCUGCAAUGUUUUCGGCUAGCGGUGGAUCAGUUUGUCAUAAAGUGCAGCCAAAGAGUAUUUUAGACUCGCGCUCAUCAAGGCCCUUUCCAUAUAAGCGAGUAGUGCGCAAUCGACCUGGCCCUAUGACCUCAAAGAAGCGGGUUUUGGGUGUUUGCGCUCGCUGUAACAAGCCUAUAACUGCUGGGGCAAGACAAAUGCACAUGUUUUUCCAUCUGGGUAAAGAUAUGCAAGUACAUGGACAGGUUGAUCCAAAUAUGAUGGAUGAUAGAAGUCAGGCGCUUUAUAACCUUGUUCAGAAGAUGUCUAUGGAGUUGCUUGGUACUAUGGGAAAUACGCCUGGACCAACAGCAGCUAAAGCUCAACUUAUGUAUGAGCAACAAAUGCGUGAUGUGGCUGCCAAUUUAGGCAGUCGUAAACGACCGCCUAUUCAGAUGUUUACUCAACAUCAACAAAUCAAUACAAAUAUGAACGGAAUGUUUGAUUCGGCAAACCGAAAAAUGGAAGACUUGGAGUGCCGUCUAUGCCAUAAGACGAUUAUGAGUAGAAUUCGCGGUUUUCAUAUUCUUUGGCAUUUAAAUAAUGAUUUGGGAAUUGUUCGCUAUGGCUGCAAGCACUGUGAUUUUAAACAUGACCGUCCUCAAUCUGUUGUAGGUCACGGCGCACGAGAACACGCUGAUGAAUAUUGUUGCGAGGAUUUGCUUUAUAAUUUUGAGGAUGAACUUAAAUCCAUGUCGAAGGCAUGUUUUGGCGUCGAACGUCUUUUCGAAAAGGAAAUUCGGCGAAGGACCAGGAUGGAACUUUAUGGAAAUGUAAUGGAUGAUGACCUCAGGAAUGAAGAUGAACUUGAAGAUGAUGAUUCACGAGGAAGCUGCGAUUCAAAGCUCCUUAACCAGACUCCCCUUGCAAAACUAGAUCUGCAAUUAAAGGCAGAAAGUUCAGAUCGUUCAUGGUCUUCUUCUAAGGAGCAGGUGCGAAAAAAACGAAGUUUUCGUCGUUUUGGUACUAGGGUUCGUUCGCGAAGGCAAAGAGAAGAUAUGAUCAAACUGCGUGAAGUUAGUAUGCGUCUUGGCGGGGCUCAAUACUUUAAAAAGAAGUCAAAUGAAGCGGUUCUUUGCGAGAAGUGCGGGAAGAUGAUUUCAAAUCGUCUUUCUGAUCAUGCUUAUUCUCAUUUGGAUGGAUGUGAUCUUUUUCGUUGCCAACAAUGCAAUUUGGAUGCUAUACGGGAAUGUUACCCGCAUCUCUUUGUUGAUGCUCCAAUUCCAACAAAAGAGGGUGAAGAUUAUGGAAAUGAAGAUAAAGCCGAAGAGGACGGCGAUGUGGAUGAAGAAGAUGAGCAGGAGGAUGAAGAUGAAGAAGAUCAAAAAAAGGAAGACGAAGAAGAAGCUCAUGUGGAAACAGAUAGUGCUAAAGAGUUGGAUACUCAUGAAGAGGAACGAGAUGAAUAUAAUGAGCACAAUGCUGAAGAAGAGGAGGAAGAAGAAUUGUCUCGAGAUGGGGAUGAAAGAGAGGGCAGUGAGGAAGUGGAGCAAGAAGAUGAUAUUAAAGAAGAGGAUGGUGAAGAUGAGAUUGAAGUUAGAUCUGAACUAGGGGACACGUAUGAUAAUGAAGAAAAACACGAAAUAUUUACUCAAAGUAAUGACGAGGAGAGAGUAGAAGAAAGAAAUGGUCAACAAAAGCGUUCAAGGCGUGGUCGACCUCCAAAAGAUAGUAAGGAAGUAAAAGCCUGUAAUAGUUAA